AUGGCCGAUUUGGUUCAGUUUUACAAGGGCAAGUGUCUCAGUCAGAAGCAGCUUAUCGAACGACUUAGACAAGAAGUUGAUGCAUUGAAGACAGAAGUUGAGCAACUCAGACAAGCAAAUGGUUCCACUACCAAUUCGGAUCUUUAUUUCAACGAGAAUGGAAAACGAAGACGAGUUGAAGAGUCAACCAGGGACUUUGCUUUCCAGCCAGCUACCGUCAACACCAGACUUGCAACUGCUCAAGUGUCUACCUCGAGAUCUACAUUCAACAAUGCUGUCCAAGGAGCUCCAUCCAAAGGUCCUAAACCGUUCAUGCCUCCACCCCCACCCCCGAUUCACCGCCAGCGAAACCAAGGCUCUAUGGGCACAGCUGCGAAUCCAGAUCCUGAAUCGUUUACUCGGAACCAUCCAGUUCAAGCACAGUCUACGGCCUCGAAACAACGAUUCCAACCUCCUUCAACCCCGAUACCUACCAAAGCACAACCAGAGUGGUACGCUGCCUCUGCGUUUGACCCCUCAAGUUAUCAAUCCCUUCUUGCGUCGUCUGACGCGGUUGUGCACACUAUGGGUACAUUAUACGAAGGGGGUGCAUACAAGAAAUCGCUUCGUGGAAACGACCCGCUUGAAGCUGUCGCACAUGGCGCAAAAGGAUUAUUCGACGGAUUGAACGGCGGAAUCCUCUUGGUAAAGGAGCCGCUGGUAGCUACGAAAGCGUCAACCGAGACUCUGGCAACGGUUGAGGUUUGCAAGGCAUACCGCGCACAGACCAAAGACUCUGGCAGGACUUUUGUCUAUGUUUCUGCCGAGGACAUCUUCCGACCUGUGGUACCAGCCGGGUACAUCACCUCCAAACGCGAGGCCGAGAGACUACUUCAAGAGCUCUGCACACCACAGAUUCGCAGCGUAUUUCUCCGACCAAGCUUCAUCUAUCACCCACAUUUCCGCCCAAUUUCCUCACCACUUGCUGCUGCCAUUGCGGGCGUAGGCUCCGUUCAUAAGGCAUUAGGAAAUCUAGCACCCUUCAAAAUUCUUGCCAACAUAGCACCAAAGAGUAGGGAUGCGGAUGCCCUGGAUACACCUGUUCACUCGGUCGAGCGGAUGCUAAGUAUUCCUCCAAUCCAUGUGGAUCAUGUAGGCGAAGCGGCUUGUGCUUCCAUCGAGGACGGAAGCGUGUCUGGUCCAGUAGGAGUUUGGGAUAUGCGACGACUGUUGAAUUGGCGAGAUGACGAGCACAAAGGGGCCAACGUAGACACUUAUGUUAGUGAAAAGUAA